UUUCAAAAAUCUUUUUUCAGGAAAGAAUAGGUAUGUUGUUCAUGUAGUGGCUUAAUAAUAAGUAGGCUUAACAAUUAGUCUUGUUAGCUCGUCUGUUCCGAACAGACACUCUGAUACUUAUGUCUGCUUGCUACUCUCCUUCAGGGGUGUGAUUCUUUCUCUUUUCAGCUGAUUUUCUCUUUUUUGUUUUAAAACCUUUCUAAUUUCACUGCAUAUUCCUAAAAUAUAUAAAGACACACUAAUUUUCUUACCUUUUUUUUCAGAAUGGCCUGGGGCUGGUUUAAAAAAGAUCUAUUUUAAUAAUGUUUAUUGAACAUAUUGUUUUUAUUUCAUUUAUUCCUUAUUCCUUAUGAAUGAAGUGCUUCAAAAUCAUGACAACAUUUCAUUAGUAUGAUAAAUUUAUUCUUAAACAUUAAUAUGAAAUGUGUACCCUUUUAUUUUGCAUAUACAUCACAUGCCUUACCCUGUUUCCCAUGUAAUAUAACCAUUACAUAAAUUUUUAUCUUACAUAUGUGUAAUAUACUUGAAGCGUUUUCAUUGGCUUGGUUUUUCGUUUAUUGCCCAAUCGCAUUUUGUUAUUUUGCUGACAUGACGUUGCAAUGUCAAAUGAUGUCACAAACUGUAAACAACAUUCAGGAUUUAUCAUUGUUUGCGUAAAUAUUUUUAUAUUGAAUUUGCUCAUUUAAAAGCAUGUGAUAAAAAGAUCUGACACUUGUUGUCAUAUCAUACCAAAUUUUAUUUAACUCGUCCAGGAGAUUCGUAAGUAAGCUCACUAAAUGCUCGUUUACUAACAAAAUUCCUGCACUCGUUUAAUAAAAUAUGGUAUGAUGUGACAACUCGUGCCAGAUUCUAUAUAUAUGUACAUUUCAGACCGGUCCAAAACUCCAAAGAUAAACUUUACAAUGAGGUGCUUUUACUCCUGGCACAAAAUGACGUUAGGUUUACACCAAUGCAGGUGGACACAACAGGAAAGCAAAUAGUUAGUACCUUAGUUAGUACACUAUGGUAUCUGGACCCACACUGGGAGAAACUUAAAGCCAGAUCGAUAAACCAUCCGGAGUUUGAAAAAUUAAGUGGGUUCAAUGAUUGGAGGUCUCAAAGGAGAAAAGAGCCCAAGGUCCUUGUUGAAAAACUGGACGAAAAAAUUGCUAGCAUGGUAGCUAUGACAUCUUGUGGCUAUUUCCUGAACAAACAAUUUGCAAACUUUCGAGUUAAGUGUGAGAAACUUACAUCUUCCAUGAUAAAGUAUGCAGAUUUCCUAAAGCAACAGGUCCAAAGAUCAGCAGCAAACAGACAACUAAAUGAGCCGGUGAGAUCAUUGGAUGACAGUAAUGUAAUGCGUGAUGUGCAGGUGUGUUCUGAUGGUGAAUUAAGUGAGCAGUAUACAAAAGUGUACGAGUCCAUAAAACUGCUAAAGGACUUUGAGCCACUUUUCCUCCAUGACUUUGAGCCAGAAGAUGCUUAUGACAAGAAGAAGUGGUUAGCUGCACUGCAGUUACCAUUCCAGACAAAACUUUACAGUCACAAGUAUGGUAACUAUAUAGGUAACUAUACCUUCAUCUGGAAGAGUCCAGCUGACCCAGUCGGUGAUCUUCAAGCUGUUACUGCUAUAAAACAUGAUCUGCUGAAGUUUUCCACUCGUGGUAUGAGAAAAUCGUUCUUCUUGAAGUACUCCAAAUGUGGACCCAAACCUGCUGUUUUGCGUCACAUGUAUAGGUUUUUGACAGAAGACGAUACUGCUGCAGAAAGUCGACGUCAAGAAGAAGUUAACAAUAGGGUUACAGAGUUUCUUUUGAACUCUGACAGUACUGAACUAUUGUACGACUUGAGAAAAAAUAAUGGCAGACCAAAGGACACUAGACUUGAUCCAUUUUGGGAUUUAAUGAGCUCUCAUUUAGACAAUAUUGGUGUUGUAGAUGAAAGGAGACAUGGGGACAAGCUGUACAUGCCAGUCGCUAUUAGUGUUGAAAAUUUAAUUGAGACUGUGGCAAAAGAUUUGCCAAAAGAUGCAUCCAUUCCGUCAAAAUCUUGGGUUCAGUUUAACUUCUGGCCUUCGAAUGCUUACACACGAAGCGCAAUGUGCUAUACGGGCCGGUUCAAUGUCAAGUUUGCAGUGCAGCAGAGAAUCAUCAGAGCAAAACAUCCAGAUGCAAAUUUUGCUUUCCAUCAGUACACCAUGAUGAAGGAGAUGGCUUCAAACCUACGUGAUGAAUCAGUGUUCAUCUGCUUGGAUGACAAAAGUGUCGUGCCAAUAGGAGAGCCUGGGAAACCAGUGUCCACUGGAGUUAGGGCACACAAUAAGUCAUUGGUGCCAGUUGCUGCCAAGCUGGCAUCAUUGGACCAUGAUUUCCAUGUCCAUGGAGCUGUUCCAUCAGUUCUGUUCAAGGUGCAUAUUCCAGAAGAUUCAAAAGACAGCUAUUAUAAUGGCCAGAUUCAUGUUGUGGUAAAAGACAAAGUCUUCAGCCCUUCAUCAGCAGCAAGGCACACAACAGAAACUGUAAAAAUUCUUAGGGAAACAGAAAGUGAUGAUGGUGUCUCACUGAACAAACCUAGGUUAUUUGUAUACACUGAUGGGGGGCCAGAUCAUCGUACAACAUACUGGAGUGUUCAACUGGCGUAUAUUGCUAUGUUUGUGAGUUUGGACAUUGACAUGCUAAUAGCUGUGCGCACAGCUCCUUGUCAGAGUUACAAUAAUCCUGCUGAAAGGUGUAUGAGCCUUUUGAAUUUAGCACUGCAGAAUGUUGCUCUUGAAAGAAGCCCUAUGACAGAUGUUCUGGAAUAUAGAACAAAAUCACUUACAUCACUGAAGAAGCUGAGAAAUGCAGCAGAGAGGACGGAGGAGUUGAAGCAAAGUCUCAUUGAAUCAUUAAACCCAGUUUUAGCACUUCUUAAGCAGAGGUUUAGCCAGCUAAAGAAAAAUCAUGAAAAUGUUGUUGCCCAUGAUGCUGCAUCAGAUGGUGAGAUAGAACAGAUGAUGGAGUGCCUUGAAAUCUUCAAUGAUCAUGAUGCAGAAGAAUCCAGCCCUGUAACAGCCUGUAAAGAUCUCGACAAGGCUCCACCACGUCUGAAGGCGUUCUUUAACGCACACUGCAGGAAACGAAAUUACACAUUUCAGAUAAAAAAAUGUGAUGAUGAACACUGUUGGUAUUGUGUGCUGUCCCCAAGGCGUGCUGAUACAUCAGAGCUUGUGUGGUUACCUGACCCAACAAAAGGCGAUGACGAUUCUUUCCUACCAUUGUCUGAGUGUAUUGGAAAGAACACAACUGACGAGGCCAGACCAUCUCUCGAUGGGAAGGUUUUGGCGACAGAAGCAGACAAGCGCCACAAAUCACAUAUGUCUGCAGCUCAGGCAAGAAGAUAUAUCCUGUGUGCUGACUGCAGAAAGAGACGCGUGGUCUAUUCAAGAACUAAACUGACGGUUGACCAGUGCAGACAACUCGAACUUCUGGAUGAUGCGGUCAUCUACACAUGUGGGUCAGCCAUAUUCCCUGAAGAACAUGACCUACAUGAACAGGUGUUCGUUCGUGAGGGACUGAGUUGUCAAACAGAAAUAGAGACAACAUACUACUCCGCAGUUACACAGAACUUUCCUCCGAUAUGUUAUCACUGUGGUGAUACUAACAUUUUGGGGGAAGAAGUUGAGCCUAUCACAGCGCUUCGACAGCAGUACAGCAUUGUGAGGCCGAUAUGCAGAGGAUGUCUGGAGAGUGGCAAGAUGCCCGCUACAAGAAAUGCUCAUAAGAUGAAUCGAAAACGAAAACUUUAAAUGCUAGACUUUCAUUGACUUCAAGUGAUAUUAAUGUCUUUUUUUACUUUUGAAUUGGGCAUUUUUCACUUUUGAAUUGAGCUGAAAAGAAUUAACAGGUCAAAAGAGUUAGUUAAAAUGUGAUUACUGACCAGUUAAUAACUGCAACUCAUCUUGCUACCAGUUGUUUUUAAAAAUACAUAUUAUAUUCAAUAUUUUACGUGACUCACCCAGUCCUGUCACACUUUUCUGAAUCCUGCGAUAACUUUAAAAACUCUCAAGACAUCCUCUGCAUAUUGGCCUCACAAUGCUGUACUUUUCUGAAUCCUGCGAUAACUUAAAAAAGUGUCACACUUUUCUGAAUCCUGCGAUAACUUUAAAAGUUCUUCAUACUUUUUCAUGGCACUUGAAACAUGGUCAGAUGACAAUAUGGAGAUUAUGCACGUCUUUUAAUUUUGUUCCUACGUCUGUGUUUUAUUAAAAUGCUCUUGUAUAGAGUGAUUUAGAUAGUCAUUUGUAUUUUGGUCAGAUGACAAUAUGGAGAUUAUGCACGUCUCUUCAUUUUGUUCCUACAUCUGUGUUUUAUUAAAAUGCUCUAGUCAUGUAAUGUAUUUUGGUCAGAUGACAAUAUGGAGAUUAUGCACGUCUCUUCAUUUUGUUCAUACGUCAGUGUUUUAUUAAAAUGCUCUAGUCAUUUUAAUAAUGUAUUUUGGUCAGAUGACUAUAUGGAGAUUAUGCAUGUCGCUUCAUUUUGUUCCAGGUCUGUGUUUUAUUGAAAUGCUCUAGUAUGUUCCUACGUCUGUGUUUUAUUAAAAUGCUCUAGUAUAGAGUGAUUUACAUAGUCAUAUUCAUUUUGGUCAGAUGACAAUAUCGAGAUUAUACACGUCUCUUCAUUUUGUUCCUACGUCUGUGUUUUAUUGAAAUGCUCUAGUAUAGAGUGAUAUAGAUAGUCAUAUCAUGUAUUUUGGUCAGAUGACAAUAUGGAGAUUAUGCACGUCUCUUCAUUUUGUUCCUACGUCUGUGGUUUAUUAAAAUGCUCUAGUCAUAUAAUGUAUUUUGGUCAGAUGACAAUAUGGAGAUUUAUAUGCAAGUCUCUUCAUUUUGUUCCUACGUCUGUGUUUAAUUAAAAUGCUCUAGUAUGUUCCUACAUAUGUGUUUUAUUAAGAUGCUCUAGUAUAGAGUGAUUUAAAUAGUCAUAUCAUGUAUUUUGGUCAGAUGACAAUAUGAAGAAUUAAUAUGCACGUCUCUUUAUUUUGUUCCUACGUCUGUGUUUUAUUAAAAUGCUCAAGUAAAGAGUGAUUUAGAUACAUGAAGUCAUAUCAUGUACAUGUAUUCUGGUCAGAUGACAAUAUGGAGAUUAUGCACGUCUCUUCAUUUUGUUCCUACGUCUGUGUUUUAUUAAAAUGCUCUAGUAUAGGGUGAUUUAGAUAGUCAUAUCAUGUAUUAAUGGAUUGAUUACAAUUGCUCAUUGCAUUUGAAGAUAAAGAUGUAUUUCUUUGCAUAAUUUGAUUUGUUGUCUCUAUGUUUAUAAAGGUUAUAAAAGUUA